AUGAGCUUCGAGUGCUCGGCGAAGAACGAAGAGUUGGUAGAUGAAUGCGAGAGACUCUUUCACUUGCAACCGGGCUAUCCUAUAGAAGAUGCAAUGGAUUUUAUUGAAACCACUUUAAUUGACAAAUUCAACUUACCAGUCAUAAAAAUCGUUGAAAAGGUAAUAAGCGCAGCGCGAUUUAACUAUUCGUCUGUCCUUACUUAUAUCACUUUACUCAACCAAAUCUUCAUAAGAUUUUCAAUUUUGAAAUCUCAAAUGGACAAAGAGCUUAUAAUUAAAAUUCACGGCAUGGCUAUAGAAAAUAAUAACGAAAAUGCAGUAUGUCAUUUAAAUCCUUUAUAUAAAUGGUUUUCCGAUGAGAAUGAUGUAAGAUAUAUGGUUUUGCAUGAUCAAAUUGAUAGAUUUUGGGAAUAUCUAAUUAAUCAUGAAAUAGAAGACUUUGGAGUUCUUAAUUGUAUCGGUAAAGUAAGUUUUCUUGAAGCUGCUGCAUUAUUCGGCUCGGCUAACAUUUUUAUUUUUCUCAUUUCAAAUUUUGGAUUCAGUAUCUCAAAAAGAUGUCUCCAGUUCUCUUUUAUCGGUGGAAAUUCAGACAUUAUCAAUGAAUGCUUAAAACACCAUCAAGUUGAUAUUACCUGUCUUAAAAAUGCAAUUUUGUCUCAUAAUAAUGAAUUUUUUGAAGACUUUUAUCAAAGUGAACAAAUUUUUUGUUGUUGUAAUGAAUUACAUCCAAUAGCAGAAUCACACAAUGUUAAAGCAUUAUUCAUUAUGCUUAUGAAAGAUAAAAAUUCAAUUAUUCCAUGGUGCGCAGAAUUACCUGAGUCUAUAGACAUUUUCGCAAAUGAGGAUUUUAAUUUGAAAAAAGUGGACAAAUUAGGAAGGACCGUUCUUCACCAUGCUGCUUUGUCUAACAACAUUUCAUUAUGUAAAUUUCUUUUACAUUAUAUGAAAGGCCAAAUUGAUCUAAAUGCAAUGGAUAAUAUGGGAAAAACGCCCCUUCAACUUGCAAUAAUGAAAAAUGGAAAUCAAGUGGCGCAAUUUCUUCGCUCCAUGGGAGCUAUAUAA